AUGUACCACCUCCUCACCGGGCUGUACGCCGAGUGGACGAAAAAGGAGCGCUUCAAUAUCCUCGUCGUCGGCCUAGCGGGCGUGGGAAAGUCGUGCCUCGUCGAAAAGAUCAAGUCCAUCUACCUGCGCACGCCCGCGUUGCCGCCCUCGCGCAUCGCACCCACCGUCGGACAGAAUGUCUUCGACCUGACGCUCCCCUCGUCGCAUCUCCACUUCUGGGACCUGGGCGGCUCGGCCUCGGUGCGCUCGCUCUGGCAAAAGUACUACGAGGAGUCGCACGCCCUCGUCUGGGUCGUCGAUGCGCGCGACUGGAUCGGGUGCGACGACGACGACGACGAGGGUGGGACCAAGGAUAAGGGCAAGGCGGUGCAGACACCGGAAGACGUCGAGAGGCAAACCAGGAGGGAAGAGAGCUGGACUACGCUCGCGUCGCUGCUCGACCAUCCCUCCCUCGAAGGACUGCCCAUCCUCAUCCUGGCCAACAAGGUGGACGCCUGUUCCGCCACUUCGGACUCGACUGCGUCCCAGAACGAGGCCGUUGCCGUCGCUCGGCGCAUCAAGCGAUGGAUCGGACGCAGAAUGGCCGACGUCGCUGCGGCCGAUACCACCACUGCUGCCGCAGAGUACCAGAACGGCCAAGAUCACGUCGGGAUACCGCACGCACAGGCACCGGCGGCGGGGUACGAGUGGGACGUCGUCGCCACCAGCGCGCUCGAUGGCACGGGCGUCAGCGACGCCGUCGACUGGCUAUACCUUCGCGUCCAGAACGUCAAGCGGUGA